AAGAAGCGGCGGCGCCUCUUUGCAAGAGGGCAAAACUCCGAGGGGCGCGGGCAGGAAUAAUGCGGUAGGCGAGGCGGGCUGCUCGCUCCCGGCUGGCUCCCGGCUCCGGCAGCAGCGGCCGCCCGAGCAGCGGCGGCGGCGGCAGCAGCAGCAGCAGCAGCAGCAGCAGCAGCAGCAGCAGCAGCGGCGGCAGCACCCGCAGGCGCUGACAGCCCCGCCGGCCGGCCCCCUCGCUGACCGCCGGCUGUCAAUGGAGCUGGAAAACAUCGUGGCCAACACGGUCUUGCUGAAAGCCAGGGAAGGGGGCGGAGGGAAGCGCAAGGGGAAAAGCAAGAAGUGGAAGGAGAUCCUGAAGUUCCCGCACAUCAGCCAGUGCGAAGACCUCCGCAGGACCAUCGACAGGGAUUACUGCAGCCUGUGCGACAAGCAGCCCAUCGGGAGGCUGCUCUUCCGGCAGUUCUGCGAGAACAGGUGCGGGCUGGAGCGUUACAUUCAGUUCCUGGACUCAGUGGCAGAAUAUGAAGUUACGCCAGAUGAAAAACUGGGCGAGAAAGGGAAGGAGAUUAUGACCAAGUACCUCACCCCAAAGUCCCCCGGUUUCAUUGCACAAGUGGGCCAGGACCUGGCCUCGCAGACGGAAGAGCAGCUCCUCCAGAGACCCUGCAAGGAAGUGUUCUCCGCCUGCGCCCAGUCCGUGCACGACUACCUGAGGGGCGAGCCGUUCCAGGAAUACCUGCUCAGUAUGUACUUCGACCGCUUCCUGCAGUGGAAGUGGCUGGAGAGGCAACCAGUGACCAAAAACACAUUCAGGCAAUACCGAGUACUUGGCAAAGGGGGCUUUGGGGAGGUCUGCGCCUGCCAGGUGCGCGCCACGGGGAAGAUGUACGCGUGCAAACGGCUGGAGAAGAAGCGCAUCAAGAAGCGGAAGGGCGAGUCCAUGGCCCUCAACGAGAAGCAGAUCCUGGAGCGGGUCAACAGCCGGUUCGUGGUCAACCUGGCUUACGCCUACGAGACCAAGGACGCGCUGUGCCUGGUCCUGACCAUCAUGAACGGGGGUGACCUCAAGUUCCACAUCUACAACAUGGGCACGCCCGGCUUCGAGGAAGAGCGCGCGCUUUUCUACGCGGCUGAGAUCCUGUGCGGCCUGGAGGAUCUGCACCGUGAAAACACCGUGUACAGGGAUCUCAAGCCGGAAAACAUCCUGUUAGACGACUAUGGCCACAUCCGGAUCUCCGACCUGGGCCUGGCCGUGAAGAUCCCAGAAGGAGACUUGAUCCGCGGCCGUGUGGGCACUGUCGGCUACAUGGCCCCGGAGGUCCUGAACAACCAGCGGUACGGGCUGAGCCCCGACUAUUGGGGCCUGGGCUGCCUCAUCUACGAGAUGAUCGAGGGCCAGUCGCCCUUCCGCGGCCGCAAGGAGAAGGUGAAGCGGGAGGAAGUGGACCGCCGCGUCCUGGACACUGAUGAGGUCUAUUCCAGCAAGUUCUCCGAGGAGGCCAAGUCCAUCUGCAAGAUGCUGCUCACCAAAGACGCCAAGCAGCGGCUGGGGUGCCGGGAGGAGGGGGCCGCAGAGGUGAAGAGACACCCCUUCUUCCGGAGCGUCAACUUCAAGCGCCUGGAAGCCGGGAUGUUGGAACCCCCGUUUGUCCCCGAUCCCCGGGCCGUGUACUGCAAGGACGUGCUGGACAUCGAGCAGUUCUCCACCGUGAAGGGCGUCAACCUGGACCACACGGACGACGACUUCUACUCCAAGUUCUCCACCGGCUCCGUGUCCAUCCCGUGGCAGAGCGAGAUGAUUGAGACCGAGUGCUUCAAGGAGCUGAACGUGUUCGGGCCCAGCGGCGCCCUCUCGCCCGACCUGAACAGGAGCCGCCCCCCGGACCCCCCCAGGAGGGGGCUACUUCAGAGGAUCUUCAAGCGGCAGCACCCGAACAAUUCCAAGAGCUCGACCACCCCCAAGGCCAGUUUCAACCACCACAUCCAUUCCAACCAUGUACGCUCCAACUCCGCCGGAAGCAGCUAGUCCCAGCCCGGGCCUGGCAGCCACGCGGCCCGGACAGCGGACAGUGGGCACUGGCCCCGGGGACACGGGGCAUCCCCCCCCGCCCCGUCCCCGCCUUCUCCAAGAGACUCAGCUCAGGGCGGCUCUCCCGGCGGCCGGGUCUCCGCGACCCUCGCAAUACAACCCUGCCGGAUACGACUUGCACGCGUUUUCAUAGCAUCCUAACUAGAACUGAAUUUUGUCUUUAUUAUUUUUAAAGAAAAGUUUUGUAAAUUUCUCUAUUGUCUCAGUUUACAUUUUGUAUAUUUGUAUUUAAAUGAAAGUCAGACUGCCAGGGUGUAUAUUUUCUGUGUAGCCACUGCUAAGCCAUGUGUUUUAAGACCUUUGCAGGAG